UUUAAAAAAUAGAAGGCAGGCUGUGUGCUCUCCAAGCGUGGUCUGCUUGCUGCUUUGCAUCCACUUCCAUCGAUUUUUAAUGGUUGCUCAUCAGGCCUCAGGUGACAGAAUGGUGAAGCAGAUCAAGAGCAAGUAUGCUUUUGAGGAAGCCUUGAACAGUGCAGGAGAUAAACUUGUAGUAGCUGACUUCUCAGCCGCAUGGUGUGGGUUUGGCAAAAUGAUAAAGCUUUUUUUUAAUUUCCUCUCUGAAGAUGUUGCUGCAGAGUGUGAAGUCAAAUGCAUACCAACCUUUCAAUUCUUGACUACAAAAGGACAAAAGGGUGAUUUUUCUGGAGCUAAUAAGGAAAAAUGAAGCCACCAUCAAUGAAUUAGUUUAUUCAUGUUUUCGGAAAACAGUUAUCAGUUUUUGAAAUUUUUUUUACUUACAUAAAAGAUCAAGCAUAGAGACUAUAUACUCCACUACCAUCUGAAUGUAAAUGACAACAAAAUAUUAGUUAUACCAUUAAAAAUAAGUGGUGGAGGAUAGGGUUUCAUG